AUUUGACACAGAUAUACUAUAGAUGUAGUGUAGUGUAGAUAUUUGUAAUUUAACAUCAAUUUUUUUAUAUUAUUUUAAAGAAAUUAGCAUUUAUUAGACAACAAAUGUUUUAAGAUUUUAAGUGAAUACUGAUUUUGAAUCGUUGUAAUCGUGUUGGAUUGACCAAUAUUCAUUGUUUUAAGAAAUAUCUUCGAUUGUAACUUGUAAGUAUCUAAUUAUUAUGUAUAUAGGUACAUUAUAUAAUAUUGUUUAUCAAACUUAUUAAACUGUUUUGUAUGAUAUUAGAUAAAUAAUUUUCUUAAGGAAAAUAUAUUCGUUCAAUUAAUAUUCUACUAUUAUAUUAUCUAGAUACCUGUGUAAAUUAAUACUUAAAAUACUUUACAAAAUGUGACUUCAGUUUUUACCUAAAUUGAAUACAUAUUUAAUUUCAAAAAUUCUUAUUAUCGCUUUAGGAGAUCAUAGAUAGUAAAAAUUCUUACUGUUGUAAAAAUUAAUAUUUUAAUAAAUUUGAUAUUGACAUUUAACAAAAAUGUAUAACAAUUAUAAGACAUCUUACAUAGGAACAUUUUGUUUUAGAACUGUUAUUUGUGUAUAGUAAAAUAUGGAUAACAAUCUAAUUUAAUUAGAUUAGUAACUAAAUAUAAAACAUAUAUUUAAAAAAUAAGUAGUUAAUUUUGUCAUUAAGUACUGUUAAAUCCUGAAGCAUAUCUUAACCUUAAGAUUUCAAAUUUAAAGUUUUUUAUGUUUGAACUUAUGUGGUGCUUAUCUCAACUAAUUAUAAACUUCAGUUACAAAUUGAUAAAAUUAGGUAAAAAUUAAUAAGCUUCAAAAAGUAGUGCAGUCAUAUAGGUUUGAGUUAUAAAUCAAAUGCAUAUUAAAAAAAUUGUUUUAUAGUUAAAAACCUACUUUAAUACAAAUGUGCAUUAUUCGAAUCAUUUAUUUAUUGUAUUAAAUAAUUAAUAUUAUUAUUAAUAUGCAAUACAUAUUUUUAUAGAUCAAAUUUACUUCAUUAUGUUGUACUUCUAACAAUUUAAACUUAUCGGCCAUUAUGAACCAAAGCUGUGGUUUACCACAUCCUCAAAACCUUAAUUUUAUAUUUAUACCUACAUUUGGACUCUUAUCACAUUUUUUUUUUUUCAUGAGAUUCUGGACUUGAUAUUUGGGCAAUUGUCUACCUAUAAUUUAUGACACUAUAUACAUUAGUGACUGGAAAUGUAUGUCUAUUUAAGUAUACCUUAUCAAGAUUAUUGAAAAACUUAAACCAACUAGACUUGUUAGUUGUUUUUGGAAUUUUUAAGAAAUAUGAAACAUGUUUUUUCACAAAAUAAAAUGAUUUAUAUGUACAGUAGAAUUGUAUUUAAAAAAAAAUAUAAUUUCUAUUUAAAAACAAAAGAUUGAGUGAAAUGAAAUGGUAAAAGGAAAAGAUUAUUAUCUAAAAGAUUAAAAGAUUUAUUAAAAGAUAAUUCACGCUAUUAGUGUGAUAAUAUUAAUAUUAUCAGGAAUUGCUUUUGGUUUCAAAAAACAUAUUUUAACACUGGAUAGAAUGAGAAAAAUUUUAUUUUUGAUCUAUAAUAAUACAAAUCUUAUGAUGGUAUAUUUUGAAUAGCUUAAAAUUGAAUCGGUUUAUCAUUUAAAACCAUAAUAUCCGAGUUUGUUUACCAUUAAAUGGUAAGGUUUUAUUUGCCAAACCCCGUAUAUACAUUGAAAGAGCAAUAAAACACAUUAAAUGUUAUAAUAUAUUAAAUUUUAUUUCUUAAUUAAAAUAAGCUAAUUUUAUAUUUCAAGUGGUUGCAGCUUUAACAAAUUUGCAGCCACUUUUUUUACAAGAAAUUGAAAAGAAAAUAUAAAUAUUUAAAAAAAAAAAUAGUAUAUAUAUAUUCAUAAAAUUGUAGUCAUUAAUAAAAUUAAUUAAUAAUUUAUACAGUUAUGCAUUUUAGUUUUUAUAUACUGUGUAUCUAUAAAUUUUUGAAUAUAAGUAUUUAACUAUACAUAUUAUCAUCUUGAUAUAACUAAAACUAAACAAUUGAUACUAUGUAUAAAAUACUGAAAACAAAUUUCAAAUUUUUUCAGGAACUUGAAAGUAUAUACCAAUAUAUAUAAUAUAUAAGGUCUACAUAAAAUACAUUAAUCUGAUCUAAUUUAUGGAUAAAUAUUAAUUAUAAUAACGGGGAUUAAUUCAUAUAUUAGAAUAAUAAGGUAUUCAAUUUAAUAAUAAAAUACAAGUUAUCAUUAAAUGAAAUUUUUGACCAUUUCUUUGAUAAAACACUAUUUAAAUUAAAUACAAAUAUUGAUUGAAAAGUAAAAUGUUACAUGUAGAUAAGAUUGUAUGUAUUUAGUAAUAAAAAAUGUCCAAGUUGACUUCCCAUAUUUUCAAUCUCUAUUAAGUAACAACAAUUGCACAUCGUCAAAUAUAAUUGGCCUUGGAUUUGAUUCCAAUUUAUACAAUUUUUGUUAGUUAAAAUUGUAUUAUUUUCUUUAUAUACAAUGUAACUAUGGUCUUUUUUAAUUUCGGUUUCAAGAUUUUUAUUUCUGUACUUCCAAGGGCAUUUCACUUCAACAAUAUAAUCUUCAUUUACCAUUCCAUCAGAGGAAGCUCCCAGUAAACCUCUGGAAACAACUUUAACAUUUAAAUGUUCUUCUAAUACUUUAAUGUCUAAGAUUUGAUUUAUAAUACCUCACUGUACAGCAUGUACAUUUGUUAUAUUAGCAUUAUUUUCAAAUGGUUUAAACAGAUUUUGAAAAUGUAUACCUUUUACAAGCUGUUAGAACUGAACCAAAUUUGCUUGCAUUUAUUUAGUUUUUUUCUAUAUUUAAAUUAUUAAGUGUUUUCACUCUGCCCAAUGGUAUACUUAGCAAUUUGCCUUACUAUUUUGUUAGGUAUAUAGAGUUUACUUUGUAAAUCAAAUCAAAUAUGAAAGCAAAAUCAUUUUUAUCAAAUCUUGAUAUAUCUGAUUCAUCACAUAUACGUUGAACCUUAACUUCAGAUUUUUUAACUAAUCACUAACAUUUAACAGCAUUAUAUGUUGAAUUCCAUUGAGCUGUAUUUGGUACAGUUAUACACAAAUUUAAUGUGUCAUGAAUAGUAUCUGCAACUACAGAUAUCCUGCUUUGUUUAUUUCACAAGCCUUGCAUUUUUGCAAACAAUGAUUUUACCUGUAUUUUAUAAAUGAUAUCAGAUAAUAAGGUUGAAGUGAAUAUUCGGGAUUUUGUUUAUGACUGUUAGCUAAAAUGUCAUCUAUUUUCAUUAUAUCUAUUUCAUCAUCAUUAGAAGUUUCAACUCUUGUUUAUGUAUUUAUUAUUUCUUGUGUCUCUACAUGAACACUUAUUUAUAAAAAAAAAUUAAUGACAAUGGGAAACAAAGAUUUUUAUUUACAUUCUUUAAAUACAAAAAAAAAAAAACAUUUUAAAGUUAAUUAUUUAUAAAACAAAAUGUUUGGUUUUUUUUAAAGAAAAAGUUUGAUAUAUUUAAUAUUAGAAUUGUUGUUUUCAAUUUUGUAACAUUAUUUUAUAGCAUUUGCAAUUUAUAUAUUAUUAUAUUAAAUUUACAAAUCCCUUAUCGAAAUGAUUUUAUAAAGUUGAAACUAUUAUCAGUAACAACUCUAGAUAUUUUAUUAAUUAUUCCAUAUUCACAAAAUAUGUAGAACUUUUGCCCAAACAUCAAAAGUAUGUCAACCUUUUAGCCUCUGACAAGCAAGAGUUACUGAAUUUCGUUCAAUACUAAUAGGGUCAAAUGAACUGUGAUUUCAAUGUAGCUCUUAAUAAAAAAAAAACUGUCAGUUAACAAUUAUAAACAAACCAUUUCAAAAAAUUACUAUAUAUGUGUGAAAUCAAUAUGUAUAUUAUUAUUUUGUACCAGCCAUAAAACUACUGACCCUGUAUGUGAGCAUAUUAAUUGAAGUAUUUACUGACCAUAAAUAAAUAAAUAAAUGAUAUUUGAUCUCAUUAAUAAAAUAUUACUUUUUGAAGACAGACCAACAAUCCGCAGUAGCACAAACAUAUUAAAAACCAAUAGACAUUAAUUAUUCUUUAAGUUAUUUUUUUAACUCUUGAGAAAUUGUAGAUAUUCUACCCAUCAAUGUUUUUCUUUGUUGGCAAUUGAAAAAUGGUUUGAUUACACAGGAUUACAAACUUAGUGAUUAUAGAAUCUAACUUUUCUGAAAAAUAAAGUUAACUAUACUGAUAUCUAUUUCUACAUAUUAUAUAAUAAUAAUUAUACAUUACUAAUUUAAUUCUCAUACAAAAACUUAGCCAUAUAAUCUGCAAUUAAUAGCUAUACUGUCAAAUUAUAUAGGAACAUUUUUUUUUAUUUAAUUAAAUGCUUUAUAGUAAAUAUAAAUACUUAACAAUAGUUAAUUAUAAAACUUUAACAAUAAGUAUAAUAUAAAUUCAAAUUCAAAAAAAUAAAUACAUUUAUACAGCUAUGACCCUACAUGAAAAUGUCUGGCUCUACCAAUGGCCUUACCACUGGCUUGACCUUUGACAUAAUAAUGUAAUAAUUUUACAAAAGCAGAAAAUAAUAGUAUUUGUUCAUUGUAUGUAAUUUUAACACAUUGGGAAUAAUCCGGUUUUACAAAAUAAGAGUUGUCUUCAUCAGCUAUUCCGUAUGAACUAUGUUAUAAAUAAACAGGAGUCUUCAUAAUAUAUUAUAUAACUCUUAUCAUUGAUUGAUUAAUAUUAUUAUGAUAAUUUAUAAGAAUAAAAUAUUACUUUUCCAAACAACUUUAUUUAUAAAAUGUUUACAUUAAACAUAAAUAGUCCUAUAAAAAAAACAACAAAUAUUUUAAUUUGAAAAAAAAAAUUAACUUGACGUUUCUUUGUCUUCACUUCUUUUUAUUAAAAUAUUAAAAUAAAUAUAAUUAUAACAAUAUUAAUUUAAAUUUGUUUAUGAUACCCUUCAAAACAUUUUUCUAAAAAUAAACCAGACUCACCAUUGCAUUAUUCACAGUAAUAAAUUGUAUCUUUACAAAUACCUUUAUCAUAACAAAUUUUACAUCUUUUGUAUAGAUACCUUUUCUUUUCAUUUUUUAAAACUUUUUUUUAGCAAAUGAAAGUCAUCGGUUUUUAGUUUUAUGAGUAGUAUUGUCCUGAAUAAACCAACUCUGUAUAUAAGUAGCCAUGGUUUCAUCAACAUAUAUAUCUUAACACCAUACUUAUGUUUUUUAUUUUUUAUAUAUUGCCGAAAAAUCAAUUGGUCUCUCCUCAUCAAUAGAAUGAUUUUUAGAAGGCUCCUAUAUUUUUUCUAUUUUUAAAUUGAAAUAAUUAAUAUUAAAGGUUGAAUUUUAUGUAAUCUAUAGGAGCCACUUCUUCUUCUUUAGGGUUACGAGAAAAAUGGAGCGCUCAAAAUAAUAGCAUAAAUCUAUUACUACUCAUAUUUUCCCAAAAAAGAUGGAAUUUUAAAAAACUUGAUAGUUUUCCAAGUCUUCUUCUCUAUUCAAUUUAACCGUUACCAUGUGAAAUGCUAAACUUAAAAAUGUUUUCAUUUUUAAUUUAUUUGUAUUGAUCCAAUUCGAUAUUCUACCAUUUUGAUAGGAGGUUUUAAAUAAAUUACAAGUGUGUAAGCAAUAGUUUCUUCAACAAUAAGAUCCAACAAUUCAUCAGUAAAUAAAAAGUUAAAAUAAUCAAUAGGUUUAUCACUUUCUGGUAAAAACUUCAAACCUGGUGUAGCUGUGUAUUCAAUAUUCACAUUAGGUGGGUCAGUCUACCAAACUGGUGUAGAAUUUGUCAAUACAUCAGAAAUAUUGACUUCAUCUUCGUCAUCACUAUUUUUAAUGUUGUCAUCUAUGUAAAUAUAUCAAUAUAUUAAUAAAUGAUAUUCAUUAUUAUAUUCAAUAUUUACUUUCGUUAUUGUUUGCUAAAUAAUCAUUAUAAUAAUAAUCACCAAUGAAUUCUUCUUCGAAAGAAAACAAUGUAUCACUUUCUAAUAUACACAGAAGAAGUUCAUCAAAAAUUAAAAUUGUAUUUUUACUACCACUCGUGGGGCUUUGAGAUUGAGUUUUUUUUGAUGGACCAGAUGGAAGAUUCAUAUUUUAUUGUAAAACUAAAAAUUAAAUUAAAUUAAAAUUAUAAUCUACUAGUUGGAAAAUUAAUAUUUCUCCGGGAUUAAAGGAGAAAAAUAAAAACAAACUGCAUACAAUGAUUUAUAAAUCUGUACUGAAUAGCCACACAAAUAAUUUAAAUUGUUAAUCAAUAGUCGAUUAUUUUAUUUAUAGUCAAAAACCCAUAUAUUUAUGACAAUCACGGCUGGGUAUUAUUGACAAUGUAUGAACGUGUUGAUAUACUACUAAUUAAUAUACUAUAUUACAUAAUAAUUGAGUCACCCAAUUGCAAAAGGUUGUAUAUCCAAUCUCAACCGAAAUUGAUAUUAUGUAAUUUUUUUUUAUUGUUAGUUUAUCAUCCUUUGUUCGUACAAAUUUCUAAGUUCCAAAACGUAGUAGAGACUAUUUAAUUUUUAAAAAUUAGAAAAUGUGUUUUAAUUUUUUUUUUAAUUAACUAAAAGUUUUAGGACUAAAUGUUCCUAUUUAUUGUUCUUACAUUUCUAUGUUGAUGUUUUAUAUGACGAAGUUAAGCUAUACUAUUUCAAAAAGAAACACGAGAGUCCACUUAAAUUGGUGAUGAUAGAAUUAUUAUGUUCAAAAUAUUUCUAUUAUUGGUUGUUGAAAUACUUUUAUUUGUAAUACACAUCUAUAUAUCCAUAAUUCAUAGGUACUGAUAUUGAAUAUGUUUUAUAUAUGGUCUAUAUUUAAUAGUUAAAUAAAAGUUAAAUAAAAUAUACCUAUUUGAACUAUCAGUAUUGUUUUUUUUUCUGAAAUCUCUUUUUUUUGUGGUUCUACUUUAUAAUUACUGGUCUCCUAUUGGCCCUAAAAAAAAACUCGUUUAAAAAAAACGUUAUCACUGUACAAUUAAUAUGUUAUUGCACUAAUAAAAUUUAAAAAAUUAAAUUAAAAAUUUUAUUUUACGUUGACUAAUACAUUUAGGUGCAGAAAAUGAUUUAGAUAAUGUUAGUUACUUUUUAGUUGUACAAUUGUCAUCAGUCUCAUAUUGUUUGCACUUGCCAAAAGUCUUUUCACAUUUUAAUUGUUCUUCAAGUUCUUUAAGUUUGAACUUGUACUUUAUCUAUACAAUUUAAAAAAUAAAAUUAAAAUUUUUUUAUUAUUAGGAAAUUAUAAUCUAAAUUAGGUAUGCAUUAAAAAAACUUGAAAUUAUUGCGUACUUUUUAGUAAUAUUAUUGUCAAAUGAUCUAAAAUAUCCAAAAACAAGUACUUAGAAUUAAAAAAUAUAAAAAGUCCAGUUUUUUUUUUUUGGAUUAAUGAAAUAAAAACUGAUAAAUUAACUUAGCAACUGAUUUUUUAUGAUGAAACUAAAAAUAUUUAAACAAAUUCGAGGAAAUUAAUAUUAUAAAAAUUAAAAGCUGUAGGUAACAAAGCAUUCGCUGUUAGCAUAAAAAUAAUAAAAUAUUAAUGUAAUAAUUAUAUUUUAUUUCGUGUAAUUGGCUUUGAUAGGUAUCUCUAUAAUAAUUUUUUGAAAUGAAUUUCCAUGCAAUAUGAUAAUAUGUAGGCAGUACUCAGAUAAAACAAUAAUACAAAUGCACAUUUCAGUAUUUCACGACCCCUUUAAUUAUUAUGAAUUCUACUUACUGCUAUGUGUUAUUUUAAAUUUAAACCAUUUUUCAUGGUAGUAGAAUAUGUUUUUGAUUUAACACAUAAUUUGUACUUUACGAAAAAGUUCUUACUAUCCGUUGAAAUAAAUUCAAAAUAUUUAUUAUACGUUGGCCAUGAUAGUUCAGUGAUGUUUGAUACAUUUGCUGAUAAUUCAAAUUAAUAUAUUAUCACUAUUCACUAGACACGAAAAUAUUAAUGUCCGUUGAUACCAGCGGAUAUUGAUAUCACGUUGUUAUCUGUGAUAACAUCGCUUUCUCCAAAGUUAUUUUGUAUACUUUUCUCGUUCACUUUUCUUGCUCGCGUUUGCUUUGUUUCGUAUCUUUAUCGUGUCGUCUUCAUCUGUACCUGUUUGUUUGCUCUUAUUCGCUGACAUUGGAGUUUUGUGCUGUUUCAACUUUCCAGUUUCUCGGUGGUGAGUACCCAUAUUUCAUCAUUCCGUGGCCACGCGAAACGCGAGAAAACCAGGGGUUCUAUUUUGCUAUUUUUUGUGAAAAAAUGAGCGCUUACUUCACGUGCUUCCGAGAGAAGCGUAAUGGCGUACUUGAUUUAAGCGUUGGCUUUUAUUCUGCCAUUUUCUGUAGCAGCAUAGUUUUCGUAUUUGUUUUGUUAAUAACAUUGAUAUUAAUUGAUGGAGUAUUUUUAGAGGUUAGUAAUGUGCAAUGUCGAGUCUGUUUUAGUGUUUUUCGAAUUAGAAUAAAGUUAUUUGUUACGUUCAAAUGUAUGUUCUGAUAUCCGAAAUUCUUCGUCGGACAACCGAUAUACUGUCAGUUGACGAAUAAGGACUCGCUCUAUCCUUAAUUGUCUACAGUCAUCAUAUCGUUCAUCGUCUAAUAAAAAUAAAAAUUUAGUCGCGUCACAUUCAUUUUAAGUAAAAAUUUAGUACAAGGUACGUUGUAUAAAUGACCAACAGUCAACACAUGACUACCGUAGAUAAACAAAUAAUAAUACAAACAAUCAAUGAUAACAUCUCUGAAAGAUAAUAAAAUCGAAUAUAUACGAGAAAGUACGCUAAGUCGUUAAGUAAGUCAAUAACGACAAUUCCCGACGUGUCGUAGUUAGCAUAUUUUAAUAAAGCCAAGUUCGUAACAGUACGCGAAGUAUGCGAAGUAAGAAUUUUAGUGGAAUAGCACUAUGCCAAGAAAGUAUGCCAGGUACGCACUUACUUAGUGUAGUUUCAUUAGCAAAGAGACCCCCUUUCCUGCUAUUGUGGUGUGAUAGAUGGCGGGUAGGUAUUAGGUAAACGGAUUCACAUUCACACUAAUGAUCAUUUACUACACGCACAGACGCAAUUCAUGAAUCCACAUGCAUAAUAUAUUGCCUAAAUUGAACCCUUAAAACAUUAUUUUAUAUUUUAAAUAACCCAUAUUUUGCCAUUUAAUUUAACCGACCAGCCAAUAUGCUACAUGGGAAAUAUACUAGAGAAGUAAAUCAACUAUUAGUAUGUUAUCUAGAAAAAUAUCUAAAAUGUAAUAAUUGAAGUAUGCGUUUGUAUGCAUUAACUUAUUAUUAUUAUUAUUAUUAAUAUUGCGCAGGCCUAAGUCAUUAUAGAAAUAAUAGUAUAAUAUGAAAAAUAAGACAUAUUAUGAAAACAAGUUUCACAACAGUAUCUCUUCUAAUAGGUAUUUAAUAGUCCUCAAUCAACUGCGCUUUUACUCUCCCCCUCCCCCCUUUGAUGCUCUUUAAUAAAUUCCUGCGGACGCUCUUGCCAGUGGUGCACGUAUUAUUGUGCCUGUAUUGUAAUUUUAAUCGUUACAUUAUUCGUUGUUUUAUCAAAACAUUGGUUUAUAGACCUUUAGGGUUCGAGAGGUUAUCUCUGUACUCGUUCCAAUAUAAUAUUAUCGAUUAGAAAAAUGUGUUCCGAUUAAAAAAAAAAAUAAUAAAAUCGUUGGUUUCAUAUUAUUGUUAGUACAGACGCGCUUAGCCACAAUUACAUUAUACAUUGUAAUAUCAUUUCAGAGUCGAGCUAUAGGACGAUUUGGAAACUAUUUUCGGUUGGCAACAGUGGAUUGCGCUUUAUACUCGUUAUUGUAUUGGUGUUUUUCACAUCGCGCCCGUCGCUGCCGUUGUUUACUAGUUGCGAUCAAAAAUGAAAAAUACGCACUUUUUGCGGCCACUCGAUUAUUGAUCUGUAUGUACUUAAUGCGGAAUAAUAGUAAUUUUUUAUAUUCUGAGUGGAGUGAGGAAUGUAUUGGUUUUACAAUGAUGGUUUUUUUUUUUUUUAUUAUUAUCUGUGAACAACUUUUCUACCAAUAAUUGUUCUUCGAUUUACAAUGAUGACACUUUUUUUGAAACGAAAUCUGACUUAAACAGUAUUUAAGGGUGGUCAUUUUUUGAUUUUCUCAAAUAUUUUUCCAAAAAAUUGGUAAAACCGGGAAAAAACGUAUGAAACACGGGAAAAUAAGUACAAUAAUAAACAAAUAUUAUUAAAGAAAAUGUUAAUGGAUGGGCAUUUAUUUUACCAAAAUAUGACAUAUUUUGCUAAAAAAACAACACCGAACUCCGCUCAGAAUCGUUAUUUUGUUUAGCGACGGUUAAUCGUUGCGUACAGAUAUAUAUUAAAUUCCUGUCUAUAUCCUACUCUCUUUAAUUUCCAUCUACAACCUAACCUGCACCCAUUCCCAUUGUUCUAAGACGGCAUUAUUAAAAUAAUUGCAUUUACAUUUUCCAUUUACAACAAUCAUUAUUUUCCUUUCCAUUAAUAUCGCAAAGAUACACACACACACACACACACACACACAUACACUUAGACUGUCUACACUUUUAUUCAUUAUGUAGGUAUGGGUAAAAACGUUGAUUUUUUUUUUUUCGAAAUAUUAUUGAAAUUUUUAAGCGUACAAAAUUUAUUUUAAUUACUACUCUAUCUAUUUGUGUAAUUUUUAAUAUAGGUUGCUAUUUAAAAAUCAAAAGUAGGUAGUCGUUUCACCUCCAAAACUUAGGGUGACAGAAAAUAUUGUAAAUGUUAAAUUUUAGAACAGCUUGUUUCUUAAAUUUUUUUUAAUACAAAUUUCAAAAAAAGUUAAUUCUUUCGAGAUAAUUAGUAUUUUAUGAUAGAUUUAUCACCCUGUAUAAUGAUUGUACAAUUAUUGCGCGAGAACGAAUUUGAAAGAAAUCGUGGUCGCUCACGCAAAUCGAUUAAUGUAGCACUACCAAACAAGUAAUGUGUUUAAUUUUUAAAAUAUCGUGUUUAUCGAACAAUAUGUUAUGGGGAUAUUUUAACGCACGACCGUGACCUUGGAAGCAGCCGUCGCGCGUCGUCGCUGCAUUAAGACUCGGGCACAUAGAGCGCGGAUUGUCGCGCGGUCGGCGAUCUGGUGACGCCUUACACUAUGCGUUUGUUUCAUGAGCGGUCUAGUAUACACUUUAUUUGUCAUAGUUGUUACGAUGAUAUAUCAAACUUUGGUUGUUAUCAUAUAGUUACAAAUACAUAUUACUUGUCAUUGUUUUAUAAUUACACUACUUAUUUUUUAUUCAAUAUGUCAAGUAAUGACGAAGAGCGACUUCAUCUAAUACUUGCCCUUCAAAAUAAAAGAAAAAAAAAAUUGUUUUACUUUAUUUUUAAAAAUUUUGAUGGGAUGUAUCGAAUAAGAACAAAUAUUUUCUAACGCGUUCCGUUUCUUCCACCGUACUGUAAAUGUAAUAUAACAAUUGAAAAAUUUAAAAACAGAUCACCAGCUGCCCGAGCGGAAUUUUAUAAUAUUCCACAACUUUAUCGCCUGUUGUCGCGAUCUUUACUGUUCUCCCCCCCCCCCCCNCCCCCCCGCGACAGACCGCCUUCUGUGUGACGAGAAUAAUGCAAUAUUACGUAAUAUGACUUUACCGCCUUACCGCCGCUGGAAAAUAUCGCAGCCCGCGUUCUGUGUCCCGAGCCUUUAACCUACACGAGUCUCAACGACAUUACCGACGACGUCGCUUACGUGCCGGCGGCGAUGUCGUAGGGUGCAACAAUUUUUCGUAGGCACACGGCAGCCCAACGCUUGACGCACCGCGUAGGUACGUUCACGUAAUCAAAAUGGUUUUUAUGGUUUUUUUUUUUUUUUUUUGUGUUUCUUUAAGACCCGACACAAUGUAACCAUCGAUAUUCUUUGUGCAGUGCAUUCUAAAACCGUGGCGCCGAAUCACUUUUCUCUUAGUCCAAUAAAUUUCUUAUUAUUGAAAAUCGUAUAGUUUCAAUCGAUUUCGUCAUUUGUAUUUCAGCCGGUGGCAUGCGCAGAGAGGGGGAGGUUAAGGGUUAUAUCUAUGGUGACCAGAUGUACCCUUUUUUGAUGCAUUGUCCUAUGCCCUUAACAAUAGUGUUGAAUACAUGAAAUUGCACUAUUUUUUUUAAAAAAUUAUAAAUAUAAAUAUGUAGAAAACAUGCAUUAAUAAAGUUUUAUAUUUAUUUAUUUAAAUGUUUAUCUUUAAAAAUUGAUCUAAAUAUGUAUACUUCAGUUAUGUACUUUAAGUUGAUUUAAAAUUACUUAAAUUUCAAAUUAUUUUAAUCAUAAAAACACAAACUAGUUGACAUUAUGUUUUCAAAUAAUUAGUUUUUAAAGUCGAUUAUAGAAAGAAAAAAAAUAAAGUAAUUAGAUAAAAAAAUAUAUAUAUAUAAAUAGAGAUAGGCUAUGGGCAAAAUGGGUAGAAUAGUAUACACAAUACACAUUGGUCAAUUCAUUCAAGGGAAGGGUUUUUUUUUUAUAAUAGAGGACCCAAAUUUUAAAAUGUAGGUACUUUUUUGGAUUUUUAUACCUGGUCAACAUAGUAAUAUCCCUCCCCCAUCGGCUUACAAAUAUAAAACAAAAAAUACGAGCUAUCUAAUAUCGAAAAAUGAGUGUAUUUCAGCCAAGUUACGAAGGAAAGUUUGACACAUUGAUUAGAAAUUGCUCUUUUUUUAUGUUUUUGAGGAACCGGCUUUUAAAUUAACGUGUAGGUUCGGCGUGUCAUAUGAUCACAAAUGACCGCCACGUUUCAAGCGGACAAUUUGUUGUAAUGGUUAUCAAACAAUAAUACAAUUUGCCGUGCUCUUUAAAAUAUGUACGCCCGUCGAUAAUUGACUUAAUAUCCCUUAUCUCAAAAAAGUAAAAUAUUCAGGAGAAACCACAGAUAUAUAUACGAAAACUAGAUAGCCAACUCCAUACACAGCAAUGUACACAAUUAUGAUGCCCAGCGCCAUUUGUCAUUUGAGAGCAAUAUUAACAAAUUCUUACUAUCUUUAUGCUGUCUUAGUAGCAGAUAAAUUUAAUAAUCAUAAAUUACGUUAACACGAAAUAUUGUUCGGCAGCGAAAGAAUUUAUUAACAUUGCCCAAGUGACAAACGGCGUUGGGCAUCAUAAUUGUAUACGGAGUCGUCGGCUAUCUAGUUUUUAUAUAUAUAUCUGUGGGAGAGACUAAUAUGUGAACACUGACUGCGUAUAACCGAUGGCGGUUUCCGGUCGCGUAGAAUGAGAACCACUGUCAACACGAUGGGUUCGGGGUAUGGCGAGGGCCAGCCGCCAGUUUUGGUGACGUGGAGUGCUGACUAUAGUUGCGGCUACGCAACAAAAAUAUUACUCUGGUUACCUACCUAACUAUAAUAUUGCAGUCAUUCGAUUAUUAGUCUGCAUAAUAAAUUCGGAAUAAUAUUACUUUUUUAGAUUCUGAGUGAAACGAGAAAUGUAUUGGUUUUACAAUGAUGUUUUUUUUUUCUAUUAUCUGUGAUCAACUUUUCCACCAGCAAUUUUGCUCCGAUUUAUAAUGAAAGUACUUUUUCUGAAAGGAAAUCUGACUAAAGAGGUACUUUAAGAACAAGUCAUUUUGUGAUUUUCCCAGUUUUUCAAAAAAUUAUUGAAAAUUUAAAAUUCAAACGUAUUAAAAAUAUUGUAUAUUAUGAAAUAUUUACAAUUCUGUGAGAUCAAAUUUAAAAGAAGUCAACAUCGCUCCCACAGAACGAUUAAUGUCACACUAACACAUAAGUAGCAGUGUUUUCGCGUAAUGUUAUUAAUUUAGAGAGCGGAUUUUUCGGUUCUUUAAAGUUUAAAAUAUGAUGCUAAUAUGUUCUAAAAAACAACCUUAAAAUAUUCUCUUAAUAUCCCCUAAAUAUGUAAAAUAUGCUAAAAAUAUGAUUUUUUUUUCAUUUGACUACAAACCAGAAACUGAGUUUUAUCAUUCUUCAAUUACAUAAUAAUAAUUUUUUCCUACGAUGAAAACGUCACAACUCGAGAAAUGAGCUAAAUAGAUAUUAUGUGAGUUUUUUACGAACAAAAUACAAUAGAAUAUUCUAAAAUAUGGAAAACGGGCCGAAUAUUCUCCAAUCUCCAAAAAUAUGCUUAAAUAUGCCAAAUACAUUUGUGUCCAUGAACUCCGUAAUGGGUAAAUCGUUCACAGUCCUCGUUGCGCUGCACAAAGCCAACAAAUAUUUACACGUAAAAACCUAAAAUUCCGCUGUUCUAGUUAUUAUAUUAUGCGAGCUGUGUGUGUGUGUUGUAUUUUUAAAAUAUAGUGUCUACUGCGAACAAUAUAAUACGGGGAUAAUAUUUUAACCUAACCUCGGACGUAGCCGUCGUCAUUACCUACUCGACGCGCCGUCGCCCGGUCGCCGGCACGUAGGCAGCAGGAAACGGGUUUGUAACGACUUCGUUCGGUGCCACAUUUUUUCGUAGGCACACGCGGCGGCGAGCGCGGCUAUCACCCUACGAUGUAAAAUGGGUAUUAUAAUGCACGGUUUUUUUCCAUAACAGGUACUCGGGACGGAUAAUGGUUUUAAAACCGUACAAUAUUUAUUAUAUUCCCGUAGCCGGGAGGACGUUUAUCUUCCCGACUACGUUCGAGAUUUAAUAAAUUUAAAAAAAAAAAAAAACGCCGGUCUUCUUGAGCAUUUCGAAAUACGUCACGGUAUUAUUUCCAUUCGUUUUGUCAUCAUCAGACAGGAUCUAGGAGAACCGUUAUUUUAUUAAAAGAGAUACGAACUAACCCAUCAAUACCAAUUAUAAAAUAUAAAUAAUACGAGAACGUUUCUUGUAUCGUCCGCGUCGCAUUUAACGCGGCGCGUUUUUUUUUUUUUUAUAUUCUGUCUUUCUCUCUCUCUCUCUCUCUCUAUAGGAACGGACACACUAUACAAUAAUAUUACCGUCGAUAUUCUUUGUGCAAUACGUUUUAAAACCGUGGCGCCAAAUCAUUUUUCCCUGUAGUCCGGUCAAUUUCUUGUUAUUGAAAAUCGCGUGGUUUUAAUGUUGAUUUCGUCGUUUGUGUUUGUUUGCAGCAGUGGCGCGCGCAAGGAGGGGCGGGAAGUGCUUGUUUCUUAAAUAUUGAUUUUACAAAAACAGUCCUAGACGUAAUUUAUUCGUAUGAAUAAAAAAUAUUUAGUGAUAUAUACAAAAUACACCCUGGCUGCAAUUUAUAUAAAAAAUUUAAAUGCAAAUUUCAGCGACUCAUACUAAAGUAGCACCCAGGUCCCGAGGUUUAUAAAAUAUCGUCGUACAACACUGUAUUUCGUGCAAAGAUUAAAUAUUCAUAAUACAGUUAAUGUUUUUUAUUUCGGUACUUUAGUUGAUUGCAGAUUGCAGUGAAAUAAUAACUGUAGUGAUUUAUUAUUAAUAACCGCGUGAGCGGGUAAAUUUUCACGUCGAUUUGUGAAAACUGAUGUGUCGCUGAAAAUCACUUAUAGCCUGUACAUAAUAUAAUAUUAUAUGCCAUCGCGAAAUACCGAAACCCUUUAUUAUUUUUAGAAAUAUUGUCGACCAAUGAUAGUUCCGAGUUCCGAUCCAAUGUCUGAUGGAUUUUCGUGUAUUUUGUAUUAAUUUUCGUAUAUGAGGCCGUCUCAAAACAAAAUCGGUUAGGUUAGGUACAAUUCGGUACAAUUUACCACACGGAUAGAUAGAAUGACGAUGUACCGUGCCGAUAUUGAACCAAGUGCCGCCGUUGCGUGCAGGAGCCCUCGUAAAGGGUACCGUAUCUACCUGGCCGUUGUUGAUAUUAUUCGAGUGCGACUAUUGCGAGCGUUUUAAUAUAUUUUUUUGUAUACUGUUCGUUUCCCAUCGCCCUCGAUCGAAAUAAAAGUACUCAGAGUUUCGUAGUCUAGUUUAUCACAUUUUAACGAUAUUAAAUACGGUUACACCAAUAUAUUUCGUAUUACGUUUCUGAAAUGCCCCGGUAAACGGAUCGGCGAUGAUAAUGUUAUACCCGUCACUCGUCUCUGUGCUAUUAUUUUGCCCGAUAAUCGACAUUAAUGGUCUCGUUUUUGUCGUCAAAUUUUCAAACUUCACAUUGCCCUUAACAAACGCCCGUCAAUUAAUGUAAAACAUAGUGUUUCGCACGCCAACAAUAAUUUAAUAUGCAAUUCGGUUUUACCUAUGUUUGUAUAUUAUGAUUUUGCCGACUCGUUAUAUUAUGAUAAUGCACUCGCGUCAUUCGAGGACCUUUCUGUUCAAUAUUUUCGACAUUGAUGGAUGCAUUGACAGCGAGUUUCGCACGGUAACGGUUAUUAAUGUGUAAUAGGGUUUUAUCGAUAUUUGUAUAUUAUUUUGCGAACGUCUUAGAACGAUAAUGCAUUAGUGGGCGACUCUUUUCGACCAAAAUCGAACCCUUCCCUUUUCGGCCAAAACAAUAAUAAGUCAUGUCAGACAUAUUGAUAAGUAUAAAAUAUUCAAAACGAAAAUUUAUACGAAUAAAAACGCUUUAUUAACAGUAUUAGUAUGUUAACAUGUCAUAUACCUACUUAUAGUUUAAAAUUGUAUACAUUUAUAUUGUACAUAUAUAAAUACUCAUAUAUAUAAUACAUAUAUAUUAUGUAUUAUGAAAAAGGAGAAUUAUAUUUUAUUACUACCACUUACUUAUGAAUAAAAAAAAAAAUUAUAUUUUGUUUGAUUUUGUCAGUAAGUCUGGUUCAUUACAUUUUCAAAUAAUGCCUAAAAAUGUAAUUACCAAGUCACUAUUGUGGGAUAUAUUUUUGCUCAACCAAUCGACAUUGAUGUAUUUAUUUUAUGUCAUGGACUUUCCGCCGUCGUCUUUAUUAAUUGAUAUUUAUAUUUUAUCAGUAGAGUUGGUUAUUUUUACAAGACGUUUUUUCCGUGUAUACCGUCGCUUUUUUUCUACAAUAUUUCAAAUAUAUUGUACGUUCAAAAACUAUCGUGUGUAUUACGAACAAACCCCAUAUUAUCAUACUUAGCAUUAUUUUACAUUAAUACGGAAAACGUUUAUUAUUAGGAAAAGUGCUUUAAUCAAAAAUUGACAAAAAAAAACCUUUUUCGUUUCAUUGUAUUUUUCUCAAUAAGCGUGUUUUGAAUACAAAUUUUAAUAUAUCUAGACAUUUAUAUUGGUACGAAUUUUAUUUUAUUACUGCAAUGCUUGUUUUAUUUUUAAACAUAUCGCUUACGUAUUAAAUUCCGUUCAACUCUAGCGUUGUCAUUACAAUUUUUACAAAUAAUCGGUGGCACCGAACCGAAUCGAAAUCGAAUUAUUCCCUGUUGAGGGAAUUAUUAUUAUCUGAGUUACGAAAACCCGUGUAGAACACCGCUUUGGGAUACCCUGUUUUAUACGCGCGGUCGCGUCGCGUUGUUAUUGUGUCGCGAUGAGUAUCGAUCAUACUACCGGGCCGUUGUAGAUAAUAAUAUGAAAUAUUAUUGUCGUUUUUCCCCUCCGUUGUAUCCAGCGACACGUGUGUGUGGUUUUUAUUUUUUCGAGGGUCGGUUACGGCUCGUUCUGUGCAGGCUUUUGUACGGGAUUAGUGUGCGGGUCGCCAUAAUGUUACGUGUGUCCGGACCGGGCGCAUGCGUCAACUGGAACCACGCCGUUGCUCGUGCGCCCGUACACGACCGACGACGACGCGUAAACGACGAAUAUCCCCAAGGCCGUUCGCCGUCGUCGGCCGUCACGAGUUGCGACGCCACAAAAUUCGUUACAAGGCGUCCAACUAACUCCCCCGCGGCACCGGCGUAGCGCGAAUGUCCGUGCGGCAACCGGUCGGGAAAUGAAAUAAUAUCACUGACCUAACCUAGCCAAAGCGAAAUCGCGCGGUAUUAGUAACAGCUGCUGGUCUUCUAUAUUUCGUUUUUAUCUUGUUUUAAUUUUCGAUGACUGCUGUAACCUAUACUAUACACUACGGACCACUACGUGUAGUGUAUAUGUCUUACACGUGUGACUUCCUUUCCUAUCUUACAAUUGCCUGAUCGGUAUUUAUUUAUUUCGCAUUUGUACCAUCAUUAUACUGAUGAUGGCGAUGACGACGAUAAGACUUUAAUACUUUGUAUACAAACGUACAACGAACAAGCUUAUCGGAUAUUGGUACUACGCCGAGUACUUGCGAGCCUAUAAUAAUUUAAAAACAUUUAUCAUUUAUCAUCGAGGUAUAUACAUCGGACAAUACGUAAAUAGGCAUAUGGCAUAAAUACAGAUAAAAAUUAAUUUACUGAUAUUACAAAAGGUUUACGCCACAAUAUUCUGGCGUAUAUAUAAUUGUUAACUGACUACGAUUUUCAUGUUUGUAAAUUCAUUUACCGCGGCGAAAUAAAGCGUGCAUGCAGCGAAAAAAAAUAAUUACGCCGCAAGUCUUGGCAGUAAAAAUUUCACUUUGGUAUGAGGUCUUUCACUUAAAUGUCUGAAAACAAGUUUUCAUUACCGCUACGAAUCCCGGAAAAAAAAUCCCAGGGGAAAAACCCCCGGGAAAAAAAAAUCUCCAAAAAGAAAUCCCCGAAGCGUCUUUACUGUCUAAAUUAUGUGUAUAUAAAAAAAAAAAUUGAAUAUAGUGGUUUGAAUGUAUAUCGUGCACACAGCUGUCAAAAAUAAUGAACGCGUUUAACCGACAAUAUGACCAACUGCGCGCCAUCGACGAUGACGUCACCGGCGCACGGGCGGCGGGAAAUCGGUUUAUGGCGGCUUUGUAGCGUGCUGCGUUGUACAACCUAACCGACGGUAAAAUGCUCGGGGACGGGCGACGAUUUUUAAAACCGUCGUCGCGUCCCGAACACAACGCGCGAUGGGCCAUUUCCAUCAGUUUUGUUGUCGUAAUAAUUUGGGUACCCCUGACAGUCUUUUUUUCAUCUCCCUCGUUAUUAUUAUUAUUAUUAUUAUACGAGACACGAGGUAACACAUAGGUUUUCGGUUUCAUAAUGGAUAUACACGGUAGAAAAUUGUCAUGAAUAAUACUAGGUUUUUUUUUCGUUUCGUUUUUUUUUUUUAUCUGUAGGCUUUUAAAUUAACAAUUCUACGAUAGCACGUGAACUCACGUGACGUGAUAAUAGUUUGUUCACAUUUUUACGGUCCAUUGUUAUUGUGCGAAUCGCAUGUGUGCCGGGACGCGUCAACUGGAACGUUGCUCGCGCCCCCGUACACGAACGACGACGCGUUGUGUUUUAUAUUCAAGGCCAUUCGCCGUGUUCGUCGUCGGCGCGCAGUAUUCCUACUGUAUUAGUAUUAACGACGCCAACGUGGCGAUAAUAUUAUUAUUCGGCCGUCGCUAUUACCCUAACCCAGGGGUGCCCAACCAUUUUCUGUAUCGUUCCAAAUGAAAAAAUACAAAAUGUUGAAUGCGCCAUAUGUGUUUUCCCUUUUACAAAUAAAAAUUGUUUUCUAUCUAUUCCGUAUUAAAAAUACGCAAAUAGCUUCUAAGCGCUUGGUUUAUCUUAUGUCAUUUUCACGAUUACGCACAUUGCAACGCAAACUACUCAUCAACGCUCGGCGAUUAUAAUAUGGCCGGCUUUAUUAUAAUACGCAUAAUAAUUAUUAAUCGUAUUGUAAUCGUAUCGUAACAAUAGUUUCAAUAGAACAAAUAAAUAUGUUGUUAAUAUAAUACGUUUUAAUGUUCGAGUGAAUUGACUUAUAGCCAAACUUAAAUGCAUGAACAUUAUCUGUGCCACUAUAUCGGUUUUUUUUUUUCAUUAGGAAUUUUAAUUUUUAAACGACAUAUAGUCAUUUUUAAGUUGUGAUAUUUCACACAGUCAGGUUUAGCUUAAAAACUAAAACAUCAAAGUGGGAACACAGAUAAUUAGUUUUUAGAUUCUUAGGUCUUACCUUUAACUUUGAUAAUACGUUAAUUAACUCUAAUAAUAAAACUAAUCACACAAAAUGUGUACGACUGAAUGCUACGAGGGUGUAUAGCGUCCUGCAAAUAUAAUUAUGUAUGGGUACAAGUUAAUUAUAAGCAGUUAGUGUGUUUAAUAUAAUCAAUAAUUAACAAAAGCUACAAUACUGAUAAUAAGUGUAAUAAUUUCGUAUUUUGUAUUUUUUUUUUAAACAACUUGCUAUGUUUAAAUUCAAUUUGAAUGAUUGAAAAAAAUAUGUAGGUAUAUAUAAUACACAUACAUUUUUUUGUUAAUAUAAAAUAAAUUACUAAAACAAAAAAUAUAAAGUCAACUAUAUUUUAACGUACCUAAUAAUAUGUAUUUGAUAGGUAUUUCAUUACACUACUGAAGUAAAAGUGUAGAAAUUCUUAUACCAUUAUUGUAAUAAUAUGGUUAAUAAGCUGCAGAUUAAUAUUUUAAAUUUUGUGCGAUCGUCGUUAUUUUUUUAACCUUCACGAUGAUUUCAGUCAUAAAAUCUGACACUUAUGACCUACUAAUUAAUAAUAAUCUAACCUCUAACGUUAAUAUAUUCAAUAAUUCACUAAUACAUAAUAAAUAAUAAUGAUAUAUAAGUAUAUACCACGUAUUAGUCAUUUACAUUGAUUACAAACCACCGUAGUGUGUUCUAUACUUCUUUAAUUAAUCUAUAUUAUUAUAGGUAUCUAAUACACACUUUUUAUACAGAGCAAACAAAACAGUACACAAAUCCCGUAAUUCUGUAAAAAACUUAUUAAAUUUGCAUUUACAAUAAUUAUUAUAGCUUAAAACUUCAAAAUCGAUUAUUUUAAUGGAGAAAUUUCAAAACAACGGCACUUGUCAAUUGACAACUCAUUUUUACAGUCAGUUAUCAAUAAUCAAUUAUCACGAAAAUUUGUUAAAAAAAAAAUCGUUUAAAAACAGAUUUAUUUCGACAAUUUAUUGUAAUACAAUUGACUGUCGAUGUUGCACUGAAUUCGAUAGUAUAAUGUAGGUAGCUGGUUUACGAAAUGUAUAGCUGCAAAUUUAUACGGGAUAAAUUUACGUUGAUGGAAAGGGGAAGCAGGAAAAAAUUAGCUUACUCGUUUAAUAUAUACAGGUUACCAAGCGUCCGUCGGUAAAGAGGGGGUAUAACCUGGUUGCCAUGUCGGCGAUGGUCGGUAAGGAGAGGGUUAUAACUUAACUUACCAAUAUGCUAUAUAAGAAUCACUAUAAAAAAUAUAUUCACUACAGCGCCGUAGAAGAAUACGACCUUCUCAUUGAUUAUCAUUUUAUUCACAACAUAAUUGCGCUCUUCACAUUAUUACGAUACCAUAUUCUAGUCAUAAUUGAAAUAAACUUAAUAAUAAUUUUACUUUAUUAUUUAGGUAGUCACACUAUUUACUAAUUAACCUUUACUUGUAACUUAGUCUUAAGCUAAUACUGAAUGUUUUUUUGUUCUUAAUAAUUUAAUUGCACUCGAACUGUGUAUCAUGAUGUAUUUUGUUAUGCAAUUUUUGUAAAUUGGACUCCAGCCCGUUAUAUUAAUAAAUAAAUAAAUUAUAAAUGAAUCAUGCACGGGAUUAGUAAUAUAAAACCAACGCUGAAAAGAUAAAUUAAGUAUUGGAGGUGAUUACUAAUUAAUUUUUAAGUAACUCUAUUAAUUUGAUACACAGGUGUUUAUAAAAAAAAAAUUACUAAUGCCGGGUUGCACCAAAUACUAUUGGACUAUAUUAUUACUAUUGUAUAUUUACACAGAGAUAAACUCGUUUUUUUGGAGUUAAAAAAUUCUGUUGUAUAAAACAUGUUUUAAAUUUUAUCUGUUGAUAAAAAUUAAUUUUAUCAAGAAGUAAAUUACAGGUCCGUUUAUAGUCGUGUAAAAAUUUAUGUAUAGUUAAAUUUCGUUAUCAAUGUUUUACGUUAUUUCUACUGCCGAUAUAGUGAAACUAUUUAUUUGUUACGUAACCAGUGUUAACCAGUAUUCUGGUAAUAACUUAGAUAAAAAAAUGAUUGAGCAGCACUCAUAAAUGUACCACGUGCUUAAACUUCAAUUUACCAACCAGUAAUUUAUCAUUAUAUACAUAAUUAAUACUAAAUUUAUCAAUAGAUAAUAAUGCCGCAACCGGUCAUAAGUGUUUUAGUUAUUUGAAACAAUUAAUAAGCAGCUAAUAUAUUAUAAUAUAUUGCUAACAUUUUCAAAUAUAUUUUUAUAAAUUAAAGUAUCUCAACUAAAAAUAACCAAAUUAUUGAAAACGAAAGGAAUGUUGUCCUGUGUGAUUAUCGAUAACAACCGAAUAUCUAGUAUAUUUGAAAAUCAUGUUUGUUUUCAUUCGCUAUUCACAUAUUUGUAUUCAUACCUUUAUGUUGGAUCAAAAAUGUUUUUUUUCUCAAUAUAAUUUCCUUUUUUUCCUUUUGUACAUGAAAAUACGCCUGUCAAAAGUAUUUAAAACUCAAAAUUAGCAAAAUAGCACUAAAAACCAUAAAUAUGCAAAAUUUAGUAUACGACGUCAGAGAAGUGUGGAACAAAUUUUUAUCUCACUCUGAACGUCGUAAGACAAACCAAAACAAAUGUGCAUUUGCUAGAACUACCGAGCCCUGCUUAUUAGGUGGUAUAGGUACUAUUAUGUAAGUAAUCUAUAUAUAUAUAUGUAUAAUCCAAAUACCAAUGACUCACUAAUCGCUGUAUCUCAAAAACUACUCAACGUACGCACUUGAAAUUUGGAACGGUAGUUCCUCUAAUACUUUCACCACGCAGUAAGAAAAGAUUUUUAAAAAUUCAACCCCUAAGCGGGUUAAAUAGGAAUUUUUAGGUAUAUUUGGUACGAAUAUCUAAUUGCUUAUUCAUUUAUUUUUGUUUAUUCAAGGGUUACGUUAGUGUUAUGGAAAAGAAAGAUAUCAUUAGUAUUAUUACUACCCAUUUGUUUUCAUUAAAUUUUGAUACGGCCAAAACCAAAAAUUAAUAUGGGUAAAUAAUAAUACCUAAUAAAAAUUGUCACCGCGCGGGACGGCUGGUAUAAUAAUAUAAUUGUUACGAAUCGGAUAUCGCUUUACUGGGAACCACUGAAAAUAAAUAACAAUUGCACAGCUGCUGGUCACCGAUAUAUUCCGGUUCUCCAGAUGCCGUGUGGCUUUCUCUGUUCUCAUAAUAAUAUUACUGUUCUUACAUUACGCGGGCACCGGGCUCUACGAAUAAAGGCCAAGGUUACUUGUUAUAUAACGCUCGUCAUGGCCCUCUGUCGAGUUGCCGAGUUCCCGACUAACAGGUUUUUGAUCUCGUCGUCCAGAACCUCGCUGAACGGCGCGACAUUCCAAACCAACAAUAGCAACAGCGCAACUGCUCUCCGAUCUAUGCGUUCUCCCACGCCCAAUAAUUACAGGCAGUUUUUAUGGAAACACACAAUUUAUAUUGUCCAGUACAUUUGGAAUUUUCGAAUAUAAUUUACAACGUCAAGCACUGUUGCAAACGUGUUUUAGUUUCUGAGUGGAGCGAAGCAGCUUAUGGUUUUACUGAGUUUUAUUCUUUUUUUUCUUUUUUUAUCUGCGGACUGGACAACUUUUCUGUCAGCAUUCUUGCUCCGGUUUUGAAGUGUAGCAAAUUGUCUUAAAGGAAAUCGGACUGGGGAGGUACUUUACAGAGGUCAUUUUUUAAUUUUCCCAAGAGUUAUCUCAACAAAUGUAAAAAGCAUGGGGAAAACGUAGGAAAAAAGGGAAAAUCAAUACAUUAAACAAAUAUUAUUAAAGAAAAUAUAUAAUGCAUAUUUAAUUAUUUUACCAUAAUAUGACAUCUUUAUUGUUAACAAAGCAUUACUAUUAACUGAAUUCCGCCCAGAAUCGUUUUUUCAUUAGCAAUGGUUUACCGUUGCUUACAGGGGUACAUUAAAUUACCUAUAACAAUGGCUGCCCCGUCCCUAUUAUCCUAGGCCUUCUUUUUUCUAGUUGGUACCACAAAAACAUUUGAACUUGUAGAUACAUAUAUUUGUGUUUUGUACUUAUAUUUUAUGUACAAAAAAUAUUAUUCAGGUAUAUAUUUUAAAUAUUCUAUGAUAUUAAAGUUAAAGCAGAAAUCUAUUUUAACACAAUAAAUUGUUGUAGGUAUUAUAAUGAUAUAUAUUUGUUAAGUAUGUAUUAUUUUUGUAUUUAUAUUAUUUCUUCUAUUUUAGCUACAAAUAACAUUUUAUGUUAUUUAAUACGGGUGAGACCCAAAAUCACUGUAUUGAGUUACACCAGUAACUAAAUAAAUUAAAACAUGUAAAAUAUAUAACAUAUAACUUCUAAAAUUAUUGAAUAAUAAUAAUUUAUAUGGUGUGCCAUUUAUAUUUUAGUAAUAAAAAUAAUAAUAUUAAAAAUAAAAAAAAUUACUAAAACCAAUACACUCCUCGCUACGCUCAGAAUAUAUUUUACAUAAUAUAUAAAUUCUAUGUUAAUAAUAAUUCUACAUUAAAAAUAUACAUAGGUUUUAAAGUUGUAUUAGGUACUCAUAUACUGGUAGUUAAGAAAUGAAACAAUGUGUACACAUAAUUUAUGUAAUUAGUAAUUAAAAUGUUUCAAUUAUCCUUCUUCGUCCAGGUUCACGAGAUACGAUAAGCCUUCGAGUUUAUAGUUUAUUUUUCAUGAUGAUCUUCAAUAGAUUAUUAUAUAAAAUACUAUAAAAUGUAUAAUGUAUAAUAUAUUAUAAUGUAUUUAAUGUAUAGUAUUUGUUUAAAUUUCGCUUAAUUUUAAAUGAUAUUUAAUUAAUUAAUAUAUUAUGAAUCUAAUGAUAAGAAUAGGUACAAUGAUUAAGAUAUUAAAAUUCUAUGCUAGAGCAUAAUUGUUAUCCACGGUAAGGUUUCUUUCAGUUUAAUUUUAGUAAUUUAAAAUUAACGAUGUUAUACAGUAUAUAUACAGUUUAUUGUAAUAUAAGUAGUUAAUUAAAGAGAUAAACAUUUACUUAUAUCACGAUAAUGAUACGAAUGUGAUAUAUACAAAAUGUAUAAUGUAUUCCGGACAGAAUAUUUACUGAUAACCUACAAAAUUUUAUGAAGACAUUUUUUAAAUUUAUUUUUCCGGUGUUUUGACAUGUAUUUUUUUUCAUCAAUUGUUAAAGAACUCUUCGAACCCUUGUCCCGGACUAUACCUCCCUCUCUUUCUCACUCACUCUCUCACUCCCUCUCUAUCCGUACUGCGUGGUUCUAUACGACGCGAACGCCCGCAGCACCGCCCCCGAUCCAUCCCUAUACAGUGGUAGAAGUACAUACACAAUACGCAUAACCAUCAGUCGUGCUAAAGCGUCCUGCCGUAUUUGUUUGUGUACGUUCGAUCGUCCUCCAGGGCUUCAUCGUCAUUAAACACAUAAAAUAUUAUUAUAAUAAUAUACUAUUUUACGCAGUGUUUGUGUUGUGUUCGGUCACCGUUGUACGAAAAUGGCGUCAUCUUCAUCAGAAACAGAUAAUAAAUCCCAAAGUUCAACGCCAUACUCCAGCUAUUCGCUGAGAAACGUAAGUAAAAUUUACUAUUUUUAAAUUAUAGUGAUCAGCUUGUCACAGUUCGUACCUUCAAGAAGAAAAAAAUACUAAACUUCCGUGUUAUUUUAAUUCGCGUUCGCUUUGGACUUCAGUAUUUUUUGUCAUUAUUCAUUUUGACUAAUAUCGGCGUAUCUACUGGAUUUUUAUUUUAUUAGUUAUUCACAACAGAUGCGGGUGAAUUAUAUAAUAUUGGACUUACAUUGUAGAUAUAAGAGUAAAAACAACGAUACAUUUGAACAUUCGGGUUUUUGAAUAAAAUAAUAUAAAUAUAUAAAUGUGUCUUAGCUUAUUAAAAUAUUAUAUUUCUCACGGUUUUAGACUUCGGAGAAUUAUACAUUUAUACAUAUCGUUUAAUUCUCAAACUUUAUUAUCUAGGUCCUAUCCAGUGACAUAUCUUGAGCUCAAUUAAGGGGGGGGGGUGGUUUAUAAAUUGUAAUACAGUACAAAAUAUCGCUAAUAAAAAUAUUAAAGUUUUAUCCGUUAUCUGGUCGUUGCUUAUAUUACAUAUAACAUAUAACAUAUAAUAAUGUAUUUAUCCCCCUGCCAGCAAGGUCUGCGCAUAUCUAUGAUUAUGAAUCCAUAAAAUCGAAAUUAAAAUUGUAUUAUUUUUUAAUGUUUACAGAAAACGUAUGCAGGAAGAAAUAAGUUUUAUUUCAGAGUGCAAGAUAAACUUGAUGCCUUAAGGUAUACUCGUUUCAACUUCCUGAGAACAAUGGAAGGAAAAGGUAUGAAACAUAAGUUGUAUAUUUUGUUUAAAUAUUAUAAUACGCCCCUGUUUGACAUUUUAGAUUUUGAGUGAAGUGAAGGAGCUUGUGGUUUAACAAAGAUGUUUUUUUUUUCUGCGCCCAACUUUUUUCCCAGAAAUCUUGCACCAAUUUUUAAGUGUAGCACUUUUUCUAAAACGAAAUCGGACUGGGAAGGUAUUUUAAGAAGGUAAUUUGUUGAUUUUUCCAAGAGAUUUCUCAAUAAAUAUGAAAAACCGAAAAAUAUGGGAAAAUAUACGAAUUGUAGGUAUUGGUAAAACAUAUUACGACCUUCUUUUUUUCCUGUGAAUAACUUUUCUAUCAGAAAUUUCGAUCCGCUUUAAAAUGAUAGCACUUUUUCUGAAAGGAAAUCUGACUGGGAAGGUACUUUAGGGAGAUAAUUUUUCGAUAUUCCCAAGAGUUUUUCUAGCAAAUGUAAAAAUUCGGGAAAAAACGUGGAAUAACUGGGAAAAACGGUGAAUUCAGUACAAUCAACAAAUAUUAUUAAAGAAAAUAUAUAAAGCCUAGAACAGGUUUUUUUGAUGCUUUUUCUAUGAUUUCAGAUUUUACAAUUGCUUAUGUACAAAAUCACGGAUUUACAUCACCAAUAUUAUUUGAGAAUACGGAUGGUCUCGGUUUAUGUGUUCCCAGUGAAGAAUUCAGUGUAAACGAUGUUUGCUUGCAUGUUGGUAAGUAAUUCAAUAUUGUUCAAAUAAAUGUUUAACUUUUCAAUAAUAUCGUACCCAUCGUGCAAAAAGUGACUACAUGAUUUAAUAUUGUUUCAAAUUUCGAUAUUAGAUGAUUAACAUUUUAUUCAAUUCUGAUUUUAAUCAAAAAAUGGAAAAAAAUUACCCUGUAUAUUGUUGAUAAAGCAUCGCUAUCACCCAAAUUUUACUCAAAAUCGUUUUUUUUUUGUUAGAAAUGGUUUAUCAUUGCUCACAGAUAUAUAUUAAAUUACCUCUUAACAGUGGCUGCAUCCUGUAUGCAUUAUCCUAGGGCAUUUUCUUUUGUUAUUUUUUGAAUUACUAUAUAUUUAAACAUUUUAUUUAUAUUGCAAAUUGAAGUUGUGAGUUUUUAAUAUAUUUAGUAUUUAAUUAUUAUAUUAUUUAUUUAGGUCCAAACAGAAUAUUAGAUGUAAUAGAUGUCACUAAACAAGUUAAUUUCAAUAUGACCAUGGAUGAGUGGACAAAGUAUUAUACAGAUGAGAAAAAAGAUAAAAUAUUAAAUGUUAUUUCACUUGAGUUUAGCAAUACAAAUUUAGCAGAUAAAAUACAAAUUCCUACAGUUGUAUGCCUUUUGUUGUACUCAUAUAAUUAUUCAAUCAAUAUAAUUAAUGUAAUAGUUAUUUAUUAAUUUAUGUUUUUAUGUAGGUAGAGGAAUUAGAUUGGGCUAAUUAUGCUUGGCCUGGACAUUUAAAAGAAGGGUAUCCAUUUGUACAGAGAUAUUGCUUUAUGUCUGUGGAAGGUUGUUAUACUGACUUUCAUAUCAAUGUUGGCGGUGCAUCUGCGUGGUAUUACAUAUUAAAAGGAAUUAAGGUUGAAAUAUUUUAUUUUUAAUUCAUCAUGGUAUGUAUACUUUAAAGGAAAUUUUUAUUUAGGUGUUUUGGUUUAUUUCUCCCACUGAAGAAAACAUCAUAAUAUACCAAAAUUGGGCAUUGACUGAAAAAAAAAGCCGCAAAUUUUUGGGAGAUAUAAUUAAAGAAUGUAGUCGUGUAUCAUUUAUGGCUGGAGAUACAGUUUUCAUUCCUGCCGGUUGGAUUUAUGCUGUUUAUACUCGCAUGGACUCAUUGAUGUUUGGAGGAAAAUUUUUACAUUCUUUCAGUAUUCAGAAACAAAUCCGUAUAGCAUAUGCUGAGGAAUCAAUUAGGGUCAGUGUAAUUUUAUGUGAAUUAUAUAAUUGAAACUAAUUUUAAACAAAUUUUAGCUUCCUAGAGAAUUAAGAUACCCGCGUUUUGCUGAAAUGUUAUGGUAUGUAUUGGAACAUUAUGUGGAACAUGAUUCAAUUAAAAUUUGUUUAGCUGUGGAUGCUCCACGCACUUCCACACAACCAGGAUAUACAUUAGAACAUUUACAUAUCACUAAACCGGUAAAUUUUGAAUAAUUAAGUAUAAAAUACAAAUAUUAAACAAAUUUACAUUUAUUUUUAUAACUAAUUUAUAUUUAGGAGUAUGGUGGAAUAAUAGCAAUAGUGCAGUAUUUAUUUUUUUUGCCGCACAGAGAAAGGAAUAUUCCUCCAUCUAUAGAUGCUAUUCAAUUAGUAAGCAAUUUUGCUGAAUGGCGUGAAAGACAUCUAGAUGAUAUACCGGAACGUGCUGCUGAUGGAAUAUCAUUCCUAAAAAAAUUGCACCAGAAAAUAAAAUGAUUAUACAAAUGUAAAUUAUUUUAUCCUUAAUAUUUUUUCUUUAUACUACUAAUUUGUGUAAUUAAAUUAAAUAAACAAAUUAUUCAGAAUAGUUGGAUUGUUAAUUACUUGAAUCUGAAACUGUUAAACUAGG